AUGAUCCGACAAUUAUUCACAGCCGCCUCCACGGCGCGCCUCGUUUGCCCAGUCUCAACCACAACCCGCACCCAAAUCGCCAAACAACCAUGGCGCAUCACCAACACCACCCAACUCCCCCUCCGCACCACCCGCCCCUUCACAUCCACCGCCCUCAAAUCCUCCUCGCCCUUCCGCCUCUCCUCCGACAAACCCGAGUCCUACCAAAACCCCAAUGACGAAUACUACAGCCCCUACAAGCCGAAGCGCCAAUGGCCACCGGAUAUGUCCAAGCUCUCACCCAAGCACCAGUUCCGACUGGAGCGAAAGUACCGGCGGCGCGCGGCGUUGAAAUAUGCCCGGCCCAAGUUUAUUAAGACUGUUACGCUGGCGCAGUGGGUGAUUAUUGGAUUUGUCGUGAUCUAUGCGGUUCUUUUCAUGAAUUGGGAUACCAAGGAUACGCCAUUUGAUGGGAUCCGAGACAGCGUCUUCUCUGGUGUCAAGGCUGUAUUCUCCAGCCCCCCGCCUCCUGGUCCGGUGAAGAGGGCAGACGAGAACGGUGGGAGUGGAGCUCAAAAGUAG